CAUCAUUUGCGGAAAUGCGAGGACCCAGCAACAAGUCGGUCGCCGUUCUAGCGGUGACGGCCUCGACAGGGUCGCUUUCCCUGGGCUACUUUCUCGUACGCAGAUUUCGGCGCAGGCUCAACCAGAGCAAGGCGCUCCGCGCGGGGCGUGUCUCUCGCCCCGAUGCGGCCAGCCUCGCCGUGGGCGACUACGUCCGAGUGAGGGGCACCGUGUCGGCUGGAGCACGCACCCUGCAGAGCCCGAUGAAGCGCGUCGCCUGCGUCUCCUACCGCGUGAACGUGGUCAGGGUGGUGGACUCGCGGACAGCCAAGAAGAAGGCCUCGGUGGGGGGCAUCUGGGGGGUGCUGGGAGGGAUAGCCUCCGUCGUUCCUUGGCUGUGCUCCUUCGCGGCAACCGCCCAGGUCGACACCGAGAAGUGGGACACGGUAUACCAGGCUAUCAGCAGCAGGGGGGAGACGGUUCAAAUUUUCCUGGACGACCACGACUCUAUUGCAGACCUGGAGGCGGUGGCGCAAGCGGGGACGGGGAAGAGGCGUCCCCGGGUUCGGGUCGACCUCGCCGGAGCUGAGUUUUUUUCGAUGGAGCAAGUGGCGUCGGAGUUCGAGGCGGAAAAGGCCACCGGAAAGGUUUCUUCGAGAACCCAGCUGGGGUACCGCACCACUGAGGAGGUGCUGGCGGUCGGGUCGCGACUAAUUGUGCUCGGCGAAGUGGGCGAAGACCCCGAGGGCGCCGAAGGCGACGUCGUGCUACGGAAGGCUGCCCCCUCCAGCAUCCUGGACCUGAAGACCACCUCCAUCUCCAGGCCGUUCGUGGCUUCCAUCAAGUCUGAGCAGGGUCUGCUGCAGGAGAUCGAACGGUCGGGACGCAUAUACUUCUGGCUGGCGCUACCCUCCGUCGCCGUGGGGCUCGCUUUUGCCUACGUGGGGGUGCUGCGCGUGCUCGCCACAAUCGAAGACCGCUCUGUGGAGCGCCCGGCUUUGACGGGGAGCGGUCACAGUGCCCCGCCCGCUUCGAAGGGGCUGCUAGGGUGGAGAAGGGGUUGAGAGUAGGCCUUGCCGUGACGUUUUCGUUAUCGGUGCACGGGUGGCCGGGAUCAUGACGUUUGACAGGGCGGGUCGUAGGUGUCGUUCAGGAGACUGAACAUUUCGUCUUUUUUCGCCGUGCGGGCACGAGAUUGGUCACCGGUUGAAGCUGCCUCUGUUGUCGUACGCGUUUCAAUUAAUGGCUGUGACCUUGGCGUCGAUGGUUGGUUGUCCUCGCCUAGUUGCAACCCUCGCUCGAUGUUCUUCGCACUGCUGUUAGGGCUGCAAGACCGGGGAUCUUCCCAGCGUGUUUCCAAUCUGUCCGGUGUCCGAUG